GGGUUCCCCCUCUCGUGGCUUCUGAAUUAUGCGUUGAACGCAGAAGUGUGAUUUGAAGCUUCAAUCUUCAACUCUGCGACCUUUAUAUCGUUGUUUGAAUGCGAUGCUUUGGUGUGAUUGAAGUUGAGAGUAGAGUAUGGGCAGUGCUAAAACUCCAAAGAAGGAUGGAAACAACUCAAACUCAAAAUCAAACUCAAACUUUGCUUCCCUACAAAAUAAUUGCUAUGAGGGAGAACGUCUAACUAAUAUGCUACAAUCAAUCCGUAGGGAGAUCAAAUCUACAAGACAGUUAGAUGGAACUUCCUUGCCAGAAAAGAUAUGGUUAAAGCAACAGUUCGCUAUUGGGGUCAAUGAUGUAACUCGUGUCCUCGAGCAUAUGAAACCAUGCAGUGAGUGGGAAAAAUCUACUCAACUUGUUCCUUUAAUCAAAAGUAAUAAUAAGGCAUCCUCAGUUAAGCUUCAGGCUGUGCUUGUAGCUUCUGACUGUAACCCACGAUGGCUGACAAAGCAUCUGCUAAGUUUGGCUUCAUCAAGGAGUGUGCCCCUGAUCUUUGUUAGAGAUAAUAAAGAAGGUUCUUUGAGAUUAGGUGAACUUGUUCAAUUGAAAACAGCCAUUGCUAUUGGAAUUAAGGUUAAAGGAAGCGCCAUAAAUAAAAUUGUUGAAGAAAUUAUUCAAGGCGAUGAAUUUAAGCUUUCACCAGACGGGGCAAAUUCAGCAAAGAAUAUUUUAUGUGCGAAGUGAUUUUCAAGACCGUAACGAAAGUUUAUUUGAUAUUGUCACAGAUGUAAAUCAAUCAUUAUAGUUUGGGCUUAUAUCUAUUUUUGGCCCCCUUAUUUUAAUGGUGUGGUUCUCUUUUUCCUUUAAUUUUUUGGGGGGCGGAGAUUGAAAAUGGUGUAAUUAUUAUUAUUAUUAUUUUGUAAAGUUUUAUAGCGUCUGGGCAUUAUAAUUUAUAUUUUACAAUAAAUUACCACAGAAGAUCUUUUGAAACUUUUU